UUUCGUAGAGGUACCGCGAUCACUCGAGGCUCCGUGGAAGCUCCUGCAGCUUGUCUGGACGUCAGAACAAUGCGCAGCUUCUUUCAGCGAAGUAGCCAUCGACUCUGAGGAUGCGCUUGAUAUCAUUACCCAAGAACUCCAAGAGAGUUUGACGCUGACUCUGGACAAUUUGCACAUUCCGCCGGUCCAUAUGAGGCACGUUCGGGUCACUUCCAACGGCGCAUCUUGGCUCCUGUUGAAAAUUCAUCACGCCGUUUACGAUGGGUGGAGUGUACCGUUGCUCUUACGCGAGCUGAAAGGUUUGUCGUACCACUGUUCAUCUGUUCAGGACCGUUCAACUGAUCUUCGACAUAGAGCACAUCGAUGGCACCUUUCAGAUUUUACCUAGCCCGUCGUUUCGGGAAUACGUCGAGCAUACUAUGCGUGACCAUCAUAUGCACAAAGAGAAAGCAUCGCAGUUUUGGCGCUCCUAUCUGCAAGAAUUGCCAAUCUUGCAAGAAUUCCCCUGUCUUGUGAGCGGAGUCGGCGAGCAUCCGACCGUCACGGUAGCGAUGACAUCCCGAACUACGUCCGUGAAGAGUUCCACAGUCGAGAGGUUCUGCCACACAACAAGCAUCACCCAACAAACCGUGUUCUUCGCGAUAUGGGCAAAGCUCUUGAGCCUUUAUAAAGGGCAAUUAGACGUUACCUUCGGAACCACUCUCGCGGGACGAGCAUCUAACUUGGACAACAUCGAGAACCUCCUUGGGCCUUGCGUUCAGAUGGCCGUCAUCAGGGCCGACGCUUCUGCCGAUGAUCAAACGCUCCUGCGGACUAUACAACGAGCGUCCGCGGACGUCCUGGAGAACAGCUUCAUCUCUCUUGGCGAAAUCGGGAGGUCGCUUGAACGCAGGGAGGAUACGAAGAAGCUUUUUGAUACCUUUUGUGUGUUGCAAAAAUACGAAGAACACGUCGAUGCCGGUUGUGAACGGUUCGAAGUUGCGGAGACGAAGGACUUCGUUGCGCACAAAGUCACGAUCGAGAUCGAAACUAAAGAUGGUUUCGUUGCUUUGCGGUGUCGCUACAACACCGGCGUGCUCCGGCCUGCCCAUGCCGCAAGUCUGCUCGAGGAGUACGAAGACUUGUUGAUGAAACUGAUCAAUGGUCAGCAACAUACGCCUGCGCCGACCACUCUUUCGACCUUCCCUGCCCAAUGUGUCGUGCUGCCUCUGGAUGACGCGACAACUCUCCCCCUUCCACUUGGGUGCGCUGGGGAGCUGUGCGUGAAGACCAGCUUAGUUGGAGACAAUAUCUCCGAUGCACUUUUCCGUACCGGAAACGUGGUGCGAAUGCUUCCAGAUGGAGAGCUGCUGCAUCUGGGUGUCCGCAACAGGGAUCCUAGCGUAUCGGAAUCACCGUUUGCCAGUAAACCCAGCGGUCCAGCGAUCGAGCAGAGCGUUGAAUCGGAGCUGAUGUCACUGCUGGCGGAAUUCUCGCGUGUGUCGAUUGCCGACAUCAGCAGGUCAACCUCUAUCUUUCAACUGGGAUUUGAUUCGUUGCUUGCAGUGCAGUUUUCAGCCAGGCUCAAGAAGGAGAUGGGGAUUCAGUUAAGCAUGUCUGAUAUAUUGGCUUGCGGUUCUGUGGAGAAAAUGUCAGAACGUCUGAUGAAGCGCGUGGAUGCGAGCGUCCCCAUCACCCUAGGAUGCGAUCUCAUCCUCACUUUCGACCGAACCUACCGAAAGGCAAUCUUAGACCAUCUCGGAGUACCUUCGGCCUCCGUAUCGAUGAUAUAUCCGUGCACGCCGAUGCAGGAAACCAUGUUGGCAGCGACUGCUAGGGGAGAACAAACCUACUUGAAUCACUGGUUUUUCAAGAUCGAUCCAAUUGUCGACGUGGAGAGAUUGCAUAAGGCUUGGAAGGAAGUCGUGACUGCUACUGACGCUCUGCGAACAAGCUUUGUUCAACUUGGCGAGAUCUUGGACGGCGAAGUCACCGAUCAUUCCGUUGCUCAAGUCGUUUGGAGCGAGCCUGAGUUUAGAUGGGAGAGUCUGUCCCUGACCGGAAAGCUUGACGCUGUGUCCAUGGCAGCGGACGCCAAAGCGGAACUGAACUCGUCAGUCCCGCCAUUGUACUUCAAGCACAUCACCUCGGAAGUCGGACAAUACCUCAUGGUCACCAUACACCACGCUCUGUACGAUGCUCGCUCGUGGCAGCUGAUCGUGACCCAUGUGCAGCGGUCGAUCGCGGGAAAUGACUUGCCUAUCUAUAAGCAGUUUUCGUGGGCUGUGCCCAAGAUCCUGCAGAGAAGCGCGCAAAAUGAAGAAGCAUCUCGAGUGUUCUGGGAACGCCUUUUCGACGGGUUCGAACCAACCACGUUCCCUGAUCUGUCAGGAACUUCUGUAAAAUCUCCGGGCCGACAUGCGGUGAUACGUGAACUCACCGCGAGUGAUUCGGCGCAUAUAAUACAAAAGUGUCGCGAUAUCGGGAUCACGCUUCCUGUCCUUGGAAUGGCCGCCUGGGGUCUCUUAUUGCAAGCAUACACGGGACAAUCCGAAGUUGCUUUUGGCGUCGUGCUGUCGGGGCGGUCCGAUGGCUUGGAUACAUGCACGGGCCCAUGCAUCAACACAUUGCCGUUCAGGAUGGGCAAGGGAGCUUCUGGGACGAGCAAUGAGGUCUUCCUGCAAUCCUUGUUGCAGGCCUACACGAACCUUCUAGAACAUCAGUUCACGCCCUUACCCAAGGUCAAUACGUUGGCCAGCGCCUCACGACCUUUGUGUGACACGCUGUUCGUAUUCGACAAAGUUGAACCAACAAAGGAAGAUGACGUGAUCCGAGUCGAGACGGUUGUCGCACCAACAGAGGCCUCUAUUGCUGUAGAAUUUCUUUGUGGCAAGGAUGGUCUCUCUAUCGAGAUUGAUUACGGGACAGCUCUAUGCUCCGAAUCGCAAGCCGUCAUACUGGCUGGCCAAUUUGAGGAAACACUUUUGAACCUGGUCAAGCCGAAUGCGUUGACGAAUGAAUGGCAUAUGUCAUCACCUUUACUUUCCAUUGCUCGUCGAACGCAAACUUCCACCGUAUCUUUGCUUGAAGAGCGAUUGAUGCAUGAUUACGUUUCUGAACACGCGGAGCAUCGACCAACUGCAAUUGCGCUCGAGUUCGCUGCACAACUGAUUGAAGGAAACCACUUCAACGAGAAAAUUUCGUACGCAGACCUCAACAACCGGGCCAAUCAGAUAGCACAUCUGAUUCGCAGCAAAGGACUUGAGCUAGAGGAUCGAAUUGUUGUUUGUUUGCCGCGUUCGCCCCUCUUCUAUGCGACCAUGCUGGGUGUUCUCAAGGUUGGCGGCGUUUAUGUUCCGAUUGACCCAGAUAUGCCCUCGGAGAGGAAAGCAUAUAUCGCUCGGGACACCGAAGCUCCACUGAUUCUGACCACUCUCGACCUGAGUGGCCAAUUUGAUCAGAUCACCGACGCUCAAAUUAUAGCACUGGACACUCCCUUGGUAACAGCGGCACUGAAGUCCUUGCCAGGCUCGAAUGUCGGCUUACAGGAACUCCGGUCAUCUCACCUCGCUUAUUGUGCGUACACUUCGGGCACAACGGGGAAGCCAUCGGGGGUUCUAGUUACCCACAGCAACGUCUUUCAUGCUCUCACGGCUUUCCGGGAAAAGAUUACCUCUCUGACACCCACGUCACGUUUCAUGCAACUGGCGUCCGUUACCUUCGAUGUCUCAAUCUUUGAAACCUUCCUACCUUGGAGUGUCGGAGCCACCGUCGUAACCGCGCCAAGGGAAGCCAUUCUUGCGGAUGUCACUCAAGCAAUCUGCAUUCUGCGAGUGACCCACGCCGAUCUCACUUCGACGGUGGCAUCGUACGUGAAAAGCAAGGACGUGCCUCAAUUGCAAACCCUGGUGACGGGCGGUGAGAAGCUUUCUCCCGAGGUCCUGGCGGAUUGGGGCCCGACUGGGAAGCUCGCAAACGCAUAUGGUCCAACAGAAACCACUAUCGGCGUUUCCAUGUUGUUUCCGGUCACGACUUCAAGUAAACCAAUCAAUAUCGGACCCCCUCUCCCCGGCGUGGAUGUUUUCGUUUUGUCGAUAAACGAGAAUCCUACCCUCGUGCCCCGAGGCGGUAUAGGUGAACUCUGCAUCGGCGGUCCAUUUGUUACACGCGGCUAUCUGAACAAGGAAUUGCAGACGGCCGACAAAUAUAUCUCAUGGUUGAAUCCUGUUGAGAGGAGCGGAAAGGCGGAAAGGCUAUACCGCACGGGCGACCUCGCACGCCUCUUACCCGACGACUCCCUCGAGUAUUUGGGUCGCACAGAUCAGCAAGUCAAAAUCAAUGGACAACGAGUAGAACUCGCCGAGAUUGACGCGGUCAUUUUGCAAGCGCAUUUCGAUCUGUCUGCCUCAUGCAGCAUUCUUUUCGAUGAUAAAAUCCGUAAUUUGAAAGAGUUGGUGACAUUUAUAGUUAGCGGCAAUACCGACAACGGCGAGACGGUUGCCUUACCCCUAUCGGAGAAGUUUCAAACGCUUUCUACUGACCUUCGCAUAUUCGUUCGACAAAGACUUCCCGCUUAUAUGGUUCCGAGACGCUUCAUUUUCGUGAACAAGCUUCCUGUAACGAGCAAUGGCAAGCUCGAUGUGAAGCUUCUUGAAAACUUUUGCGGAUCUAAGCAGCAUCGGGAGAUCGGCAUUGACCGGCAAAUGUCUAGCUUGGAGAAGAAAAUUGCGGCCAUCGUCGCAGCCGUCAUGAAAAUCGAACCGAAAACGAUUACGGCGUCCACAACAUUACUGGAAGUCGGAAUCGAUAGCUUGAAAGCCAUGCUCGUCUCCUCGCGUCUCCGCCGCGACGGAAUUGAGCUUUCAGUAUCCGUCCUCCUCCAAGAUUUGAGCAUUGCUGAUCUGGCAAUCUUUCAUGAAGAAUCGGAGGCCAAGUUCGAGCUGGCCGGCCUUAUAUCCGUUGGCAAGGCAAAGCUUGCCGCAUACCAAGACCGACAUUAUCUUGCAGUGGCGAAAUCAGUCAACGAUCCAGCCGAUAUAGGGGAGUUGCUACCUUUGCUUCCGAUGCAAGCAGCUCUGAUUGCCCAGACUUCUCAGAGCGACGCCGCGGUAUAUCUGAACCACUUUGUUUUCGAGCUCCCGCCUGACACAGAUUUUGGCGCCUUAAGAGCCGCCUGGGUCGAGGCAGGCUAUCGCACUCCAAUUCUCCGAACCGGCUUCGUGAACGAUUCUGCCGUUGUGUAUAAAACUACACAUUUCGACUUCUGCUCGGUGGAAGAGCUGCACCCUGACGUAUCGUUGGGCGAAGCGAUCCAACAUUGGAAGGCCGAAUUAAGGGACUGCCUCAAGGGCGGUGUUCCUCCCAUCAAAGUGGCGCUGAUAAAGGAGAGCAACGUCUCGAAAAUGAUCUUAGUCAUUCAUCACGCAUUGUAUGACGGUUGGAGCCUAAGGUUCCUGUUGGCUGACGUCCAGCGACUAUGCCGCCGCGAGAGCAUACGACAGAGACCACCGUUUGCGAAAUUCUGUGAAUUCUUCUGCGGCAUAGACCUCAGUUCCGCUCUCGCGUAUUGGACGGCAGAGCUCCAAGAUAUUUCGCCUGCGUUCUUCCCAUCGAUCGGCGGGAAAAGGCUGGUCGGACCGGAUCAUGGAACCCAGCGCCGUUCACUACUACCCGUCUGGAUGUUGAAUGACUUUUGCAAGAGACAUAGAGUCACGCCCGCCGCUCUCGGGCAGUUGGUCUGGGGAAAGCUGCUCGGGUAUUACACUCGUAGUCACGAUGUGGUGUUCGGAAAUGUGGUUUCGGGCCGCAACAUCCCCCUUGAUGGGAUAGAAGACGUGAUCGGGCCGACUUUCAAUACCAUUCCUUGCCGUGUGCGACUUCCCUUCGGCCAGAGCAACAAUACCGUAAUGCAACAGCUGCAAAAGAACAACGCUAUGGCCACUCCUCAUCAGUUUUGUCCCAUUAGAGACAUUCAGAAGGCGCUGGCUGGCCAAACUGACGGAAUGGCUUUAUUUAACACCCUCUUUGUGUUCCAGAACGGGCAGACGGAAAAGUUGGCUGCCGAGGAUCACCUUUGGGACGAGAUCCAGUCUCUUGCGGCCAUGGACUACUCAGUUUCCAUAGAGAUGGAGAUCGACGGAGAUAGCCUAUGCCUGCGAGUAGGAGCCCGUGGAGAUUCAAUGGAAGAAGGCUACGCGGACACGCUUUUACAGCAAUUGGACGCUAUUUUACUGGACGUUGUCCGUGCUCCUCAAGCUGAUGUGCAGAAAUGCCACUUUCCCCCUGAGCUGCUGUCCCUUGCGAAUAGUCCCCCGACCGUCUACCCUACGACAGACUUGCUUCAUUCUCAAUUCGAAUCGUACGCCGCGUAUACGCCAAACGUCGCUGCCGUGGAGUGGGUUCUCCGCGAGAAUGGAGCUGAAACCGUGAAUCUCAGCUUCGGGGACAUGAACCGCGAAGCUAACCGAGUAGCGCACGCCUUGUUGGGAAUGGGAGCUACACGGAGAGUCAUACCGGUUUUAAUGGAUAAAUCCUUGCGAAUGUAUUCCACGGUUCUCGGGAUAUUGAAGGCCGGCGGGGCUUUCACUCCAAUUGAUCCGACCCUCCCGCAAGCGAUUCGGAUGCAUAUGUUGCAAGAUUCCGAUGGUCCGAUUGUGUGCACCAACGCGAAAUACUUGGAAGAGCUAGAUUCGAUUUCCGGAGUUGCUCUCAACAUGGACGAUACGAAGAUCUUCGAUGGUUUUCCGGACACAAACCCUUCAGGGGUGCCGGUGACCAGCUCUGAUCGGGCCUAUGUCUUGUACACUUCCGGUACUACAAGCUUGCCAAAAGGCGUUCAAAUCCAGCACGCUAGUGUCGUUCAAAGCAUCCGGUCUUUCUGCGAGUGUAUUCCAUUUCCUGAGAACUCUCGGAACCUUCAACUCGCCGGUGUAUCGUUUGACGUGGCGUGGUGUGAGUUGUUUUGUGCGUGGUUCAGAGGAUUCACGCUCGUUUCCGGUCCCAAGGACGUGCUUCUACGGAACCUUCCUGGAACCGCGUCGGCUCUUCGGAUUACGCACUUGUCGAUGACCCCCUCCAUCGCAAGCAUGUUCAAGCGCGAAUGGUUCCCUACCCUCCGCGUCCUGAUACUGGGAGGAGAGAUGCUGACUCAGGCAGUACUUGACGAGUGGGCUGGCCGCGAUGAUGUCCUGCUUUUCAAUGCAUACGGGCCUAGUGAGAGUACCAUCGGGUGCGUAAUGCACACGCGUGUUCAGAAAUCCACCAAGCCCAGCAACAUCGGUUUUCCACUACCGACAUGCUCCAUUUUCGUUGUGGAUGAGCAGUUACGAUUCGUGCCGAAGGGUGUUGUGGGCGAGUUGGUGGUUGGCGGUCCACAAGUUGGGAAAGGUUAUGCGAAUCGACCUGAGCUUACGGCAGAAAAGUUCAUCACGCUCAGGCUCCCACAGGGCGACCGGGUUAGGGCGUACUUAACUGGGGAUCUUGGACGGUUGCUUCCCGAUGGUUGCAUUGAGUUUUUGGGACGCGCCGACGAGCAAAUAAAGCUGAACGGAAUUCGUAUCGAGCUGGCGGGAAUCAACACGGUUUUGCUGGCCGCCCAUCCGGCUAUCUGCGACGUCGUCACUAUUGCCACGCGGCGCCAAGAACACAACAAGGAUCAAAUUGUUAGCUUUGUCACUUUGGACGAAUCUUCUCACCAAGCUUCGAGUGCACUGGUACCUUUAGCGUCAUCAGCUCCUGCAGUACAUCAAGCGAUGACAGCUGCGUCUCUAGGACUACCUCAUUACAUGAUUCCGAGUCACGUCUUCCACAUCGCGUCACUUCCAACCACUCCUAACCAUAAAGUGGACAAACGGGAGCUCAUCAGGCUUUACCAAUCGGUGGAUCUAGACUCUGGAGACACGGUGGAGGAAGCGGGGGAAUGGACCCCGUUGGAGAAGUCGAUACAUCAAUUGGUUGCGUCAGUGGCGAAAAUUGCCCCCGAUACGUUGGGCAAAUCGACAUCCUUCUUCCGCGUGGGAAUCGACUCACUUACCGCAAUACAAAUCGCAUCCAAAGCUUUGGAGAAUGGAUGGGAUAUUCCGGUUUCGGAGAUAAUGCGCCAUCCGUCUGUGGAUCGCAUCGCCAGACUUAUCGAGAACCAACAAAUUGGCGAAGACAUUAGCGAGAACAAAAGUGAGGCCUUCAACGUUCGCGCGCGGGAGUUGGCGGAGAAGGUUAAAUCUAUGGAGGUGACACCGCGGGCGGGCAUUCCGAAAGUUUACCCAUGCACUCCUCUGCAGGAGGGCAUGCUUUUGGAAACAUUGAAAAGCAGCGGGCGGUACAUCAAUCACAUGAUCUUGCGUAUAGAGAGUUGGAUUGACAUGGAGCGAUUCAAACACGCAUGGUCGAUGGUUAUUGCCAAGAACGACAUCCUUCGCACAAGCUUUUCCCAGACCGAUUCCUUCGUGGCUUUUGCUCAAGUUGUUCAUGAUCGAUUCGAUUGCAAAUGGACACAUAUCGAAGUGGCCGCCAAUGAAGAACUGGAUACGGCCAUCCGGGUGCAGAUGGAACGCGUUACUGAGAAACAUAAGAAGCUCGUCGGGAUUCCAAUCGCCUUCGCAUUGGUCGAGAGUCCAGAAGAACGGCGAGUUGUGGUCUCCAUGCAUCACGCACUUUACGAUGGAUUCAGCUUGCCUCUGAUCUUCCGAGACGUUAUCGAUGCUUAUGAAGGUCGUGAUCCUGCUAUCCGUCCCCAAUUCGAGCACCUGGUGCGAUACAUCGAUGGACUUGAUGGACAGAUCAGUGAAAAAUACUGGAAUCUCGCCCUACAGGACUGCCUACCUUCAAUUUUUCCUGAAGAUCUGUCCGGAGAGUUUGUUACUCGGCGGGAGAAGGUGGAACAAACCAUCGAAUGCAGCAUAAGCAGGCAGGAAGUAGACGAUGUGUGCCAGCAACUAGGUGUAGCUUUCCAAGCAGUUGCACAAGCCGCUUGGGGGAAGAUCCUCCGUGCAUACAUCGGAAAUGACGACGUGGUGUUCGGACACGUCGUCUCCGGCAGAACAGUUCCCAUGAAGAAUGCGACAAACAUCAUCGGCCCGUUUCUGAACACCAUUCCCUGUCGCGUGACCUUUGACAGCAGUCAGACCAAUGGAGAUGUGGUUCGCCGGGUGCACGCGAAUAAUAUCGCCGUUUUGCCUCAUCAACACACACCGCUCCGUUCGAUUCAAAAGUGGAUUGAGAAUCGAGCGGCCGGAGGGAGACAGCUUUUUGAUACAUUGUUCGUGUUUCAAAAACAUCAAGGUGGGCACUCUGAGGGAAGCGGAUGGGAAUUGAUGGACGGCGGGAAGGCGGAUGUGGAGUACGCUUUGAGCCUGGAAGUAGAGCAGCAGCAGGAUGUGUACAGCUUUUACGCAGCCUGCCCGGCCUCUAUCAUGUCGAGUGACCCUCUGCGCAUUUUACUUCAACAACUCGAUGAAGCUAUCGUCUAUAUUUUGCGCCAUCCCGACUCGCCAUGCACUCUGCUUACACAAGUCUUCAACGAGAAGCUGCUCUCCGUUCACAAUGCUGGGAUAGGAGUUUCCGAGUACCCCGGACUUGAGUACAUGCAUAGGGGUGUGGAGUUCUUUGCCCGCGAGACGCCUGAUCACCCCGCUCUAGAGUUUGCGACCUUCGGGGACGUCAUUAUCAACGAACGCCUGUCUUAUGCUGAGCUAAACAGCCACGCAAACUGGGUCGCAUACAGCCUCAUUCGCUCCGGGGUCGCGCCAGGGUCGUUGGUGCCAAUAUGCGUUGAAAAAUCUGUGUGGAUGUACGUUGCCGUUCUCGGUGUUCUGAAAGCAUCCUGCAGCUUUGUAAGCCUGGACCCCGACGCGCCGGUUGAUCGGAAAAAGUUCAUCAUCAAUGAUGUUGAGGCUUCACACGUUGUGGUUUCGCGUGCACAGGCACAGCUAUGGGCAUCGGAGUGUGCGGUGAAGGUCUUGGUGGUCGAUGCGAGCUCGCUGUCCCGGUUGACCCAAUCGACAUCAAAUCCCGACGUGCGAAUCCCAGUUUCGCAGUCUGCCUACAUGAUCUACACUUCCGGGACUUCGGGCACCCCAAAGGGGGUUGAGAUAUCUCACGAAAAUGUUGCUCACGCCUUGGGCAGCUUCCGAGAGCUUCUUCCAGUAUCACGUGAAACGCGAUUCCUGCAAUUUGCGACGAUUGCAUUCGAUGUUUUUGUCUUCGAAUGUUUCUUGUCGUGGAGCGCCGGCGCCACUGUUGUGACAAGUUCGAAGGAAUGUCUGCUAGCGGACCUUCCAGGCGCCAUUCGGAGGCUACGCGCAACGGCCGCGGAUUUGACUCCAACCGUGGCUGCGAUGAUUAGUAGGAAGGAUGUUCCUUCUCUAUCGCUGCUCGUGUGCGGGGGGGAGGCUUUGACGCAGCAUGUCCUGGACGAGUUUAGCGGACAAGAUGGAUUGAUGCUCGUCAACGCUUACGGGCCCACGGAGCUGACCAUUGGAUGCACAUUACUCCGGCCAGUAACGAAGAGCAUUAGGCCAAACAACAUCGGUCAACUGUUCCCGACAUGUUCUGGAUAUGUCCUAUCUGAAGAUGGCGCCAUAGCCGUGCGAGGGGGCAUUGGAGAACUGUGCGUUGGUGGACCGCAAGUUGCACCGAAUGGAUACCACAAUCGGCCUGAACUGACCGAGGAAAGGUUUACCUUGGCACCGAUCACGAAAGAGGGGAUCUACAAGACCGGAGAUUACGUGAAAAUGCUGCACGACGGUUCUAUCCUUUUCUUGGGGAGGCGGGAUGAUCAGCACAAGCUCAACGGCAUUCGUGUUGAGCUGGGGGAGGUUACCGCUUGGGCAAAGAAGUCGCACGAUGCAAUACAAGACGGAAUCACGCUUUUACUUCGCCAUCCUCGACAGAUGCGUGAUCAGAUUGUUUUCUUCGCCGCCUGCGAUGUCGGAAAGAUUGGGGAUGCUGCCGACGCUGACCUAUUGAUAAGGUCUGAUUCGGCAAUCGUGAAGACAAUCGUGAAAGACAUUCUGCGGACGGCGAGGGAAAAAUUACCUGCGUAUUUAGUGCCUUCAACUGUUUUGCUCUUGAAGCGCGUUCCACGAGGCCGAACAGAGAAGGCUGACACGAAAGAACUCUCUCGACUGUACUGCUCUCUCGAUUUGGCAGACAUCGCUGUGAAUUCAGACGGAAGCACGGUAGACGGAGACGACGUCUGGACACCCACGGAACGGAUCAUCCAGGACGCGAUCAUAUCUUUGACAAACUUGAACGCCGACGAAGUUUUCAGGACCGUAACCAUAUUCUCGAUGGGUUUGGACUCUAUCGCAGCGAUUAUGCUUUCCUGUAAAUUGAAGGAAGCAAAUCUGGAUCUCACUGUGGCCGAUAUACUGCAGAAUCCGACCAUCGAACUGAUGGCGAUCAUUCAAGGCAAGAAGCAGGAAACCAAGAGUGGAAGUCUUGCGCGGAGAUCGUGGCGAGAUUCCUCAGUUGCACGGUCCUUGAACGAUCCGAGCAUCAGGAAUCAGGUGGCGGAACUGCUGUCUAUUGCCCCAAAAGACAUUGCGGAAGUGCUGCCAGCUACUCCCGGCCAAAUCUUUGUGAUGUCGGCUUGGCUGUCAUCUUCAAAGCGGUCCUAUGUGGCUUGCUUCCCGUUUAUCAUCUUGAACAAGAAGGAGGAGCCCACCCGGUUUUGCCCUGAUCGCUUUCAGCGCGCUUGGAGAGCCUUGACCUUCCGUCAUUCAAUCCUGCGGACUACGUUCGUAUCCUGUCCCAGCGAUCGAGGGUUUAGCGCGGAUUUCCCUCUUUUGCAAGUCAUCCUGGACAAGACGCUACCAGCUGCGUGGAGGAAUGACAAACUCGCCGAAGUCUCCCUAAGUGCCGAAUCGGUGGCCACCCUGUUGGAAGUCGAGACGCGUCAACCUUUAGAUCUCACGUCCCCUCCCGUGGUCGGCCGGCUUGUGGAGUAUGAAAACGGCGGUUGUUUCUUCUUGACGAUGCAUCACGCUCUGUAUGAUGCUUGGUCGUUGCGCGUCCUCAGAGAGGAGUUAGCAGCUCUUUAUCAUACGAUCGACUCGAGCGCACCUACCCCUGAGCUGAACAAUGCCUCCUUGGACUUCGUUCAUUACUGCGCAGAGCAACUGUUCUCAGGUGUGACGGAGCUGGAUACGAGGGGGGUCAGUCACGAGGAGUUCUGGCGAGAAUCUUUGAAAGGUUCGCAAACAACGAUAUUCCCGAGAUCGAAUCCGAUGUUGCCAGCAGAAAGCACAGACGGUGUCAGACGGACCGCCAUCCUCAUCGAGAACGCCGUAAAGAACGCCUCGAUGUGCGAAGAUGCCUGUCGCAAGCUUGGCAUAUCGCUGCACUCCGUUUUCCUAGCGGCGUGGGCCAAAACCUCUUUCCGCGCAACCAAUACGGCCAAUCCCAUCUUUGGGAUUUUCAACUCGGGCCGAUCGGCUCCUAUCCCCGGCAUCCAGCACUUCGCAGACCCCACGUUCAACGUGGUUCCCGUAGCGCCAAAGGCAUGCGACACAACCAGGCUGAUUGACCUCGCGAAGCAAAUGCAUCAAGAUCUGAACGCCAUGACGCCACAUAUCCAACUGCCGUUGCAUAAGAUCCAGGAGUGGGCUGGUUAUGGAAGGGAACGGUUGUUCAAUACCAACGUGAACUUCUUGAAGCUUCCCAGGAGGAGUGAGAACACCGCGGAAGCUUUGUUUGAGCCGGUUGAGGCGAAACCCACGUCAAAUCUGCAGAGAACCAUGCCAAUCUACUCUUCUUGCCUCGACGACCUUCCCACAGCAUCUUUGGUCAAGAUUGACGUAGAUGUGGAGAUCGUUGUUCGGGGUGAUGGGACUAUUGCUGUUGGCGUAUUCGCCGAUUCGAGCUACUUGACGGAGGAGGAUGGGAAUCGCGUUAUCCGAGAACUUUGCGAGAUGGUGGAGUAUGGCUUAUUGGCCGCUCAGUAGCACAGUCCUAGAGACUUCAGACACUUAGAACAAUAGGCGUAGGACAAAAGACUCUACUAAUUUAUUGAAUCCUUUCUACAAUAUGUGCAUGGUGGGGGACAGAAUAUAAAUCAAAAAUGCGAAUGAGCUCAUUUUAUGUGGAUGCUGUAUUGAACCUUCCGGAGGGACAGUGCUCAAGCCUCAGAUUCCAGGAAGAAGUAGUUGCCGGCCAGCUGUGAGGAUUCGAAAGAGAGUCAGCUACGAUUUCAACAUCAUCUGCGCGAUCGUUGUACAUGAAAUCAAACUGACCUUCUGCUCCUUGUCUUUCACGGAUUCGGCCUUGUUGAUACGCGGCCGGAAAUUUGUGGGAUCUCUUCGGAAAGUGAUUUGUAGCUCCUUCAAGAACUUGUUCAUUCCCGUCAAUAGAGACUCGGGCCUGUUCGUGAGAGAUCAAUGGUCAGCACCAGAUUAUAGAUCUAUGGCCGAAACUUCCGAGAGACUCACUUGUUAG